AUGUGUAAAAGCGUAAUCCAGCAGGAAGUAAACAAAGAGGAAGAUGACGAAGAUAUUGGUACUCUAUCUAGAAUUCAUCACUCAUCGGAGCUCCUUUGUAUAAUGAGAUCAAGGAUUUUGAAUCCGAAAGUCUACCAAAGUACAUUCAUAUUGAGCUGCAUACUGAGUAUCUCCAAAGCGGAAGAAAGGCCCCAUGCGUUGAACACUUUGUACCAAUCACUAAAGAUAAAACAAGAUCGAACAGACACAUGCCCCAGAGAGAGACUUGUGCCAAAAAUGAGCGGGAUAACAAAUGGGUCGUACAGAAAGCUCUAUGGCACCGACUCUACGGUUAUGCGAACGUCCCAAAACAUCUCGGUAUUCAUGGUCGGUGACGUCAUGCUUGGACGAGGGAUAGACAAUAUUCUCUCCAUGUCAUGUGACCCUAAACUUUACGAGAGUUACGUCAAAGAUGCUAAUGUCUAUGUUACAUUAGCCAUCAGAGCUAAUGGCCCCCUUCCACCUAAAGAUGAAAGAAAAGUGGAUUAUGUAUGGGGAGACGCAAUUGAUAUUUUGGCAUCAGAACAGCCGGAUGUGAAGAUAAUUAACUUGGAGACAUCGGUGACAACAAGUGCAACACCCUGGCCAUACAAGGGUAUCAAUUAUCGGAUGCACCCUAGUAAUGUAGGCGUUAUCACAUCCGCCAACAUCGAUUGCUGCGUAUUGUCUAAUAAUCACGUGAUUGACUGGGGUUAUAGCGGACUGGAUGAGACACUGAAAGUAUUACGAAACUCCGGCUUGCGCACUUGCGGGGCGGGAAAUGACAUUGAUGAUGCGCGCAAACCAGCUAUCAUUGAUGUUCCUCACAAGAAAGGUAGGAUUUUGGUAUUUGGCAUUGGCGAUGGUUCAAGUGGUAUACCAGUAGCGUGGAAAGCCAAGAAAAGCCAAAGUGGUGUCAAUUAUGUUGAUGUAGGUUCGGAGGCAGAAUUAACGAAGAUUCGUGAGCAGGUGAAUGGAAUUAAGAAACCUGGCGACAUCGCAGUUAUGUCCGUACAUUGGGGUGGCAACUGGGGUUACGAAAUCAAGAAAGAACACAAGCAAUUUGCUCAUAAUCUGAUCGAUACAUGCAAUAUUGAUGUCAUCCAUGGUCAUUCGUCCCACCACCCAAAGGCAGUUGAAAUAUACAAUGGAAAGCUCAUCCUCUAUGGCGCCGGUGAUUUUAUAAAUGACUAUGAAGGCAUAGGGCGAAGUGACUACACUAUGUUUAGACAUGACCUUAGCCUUAUGUAUUUCGCCAAGUUCGAUGUGAACAGUGGCGAGGUGAAAGAGUUGAAGAUGGUGCCUACACAAAUAAAGAAGCUGAGGGUGAAUCGAGCCGAUGAAAAGGACGUCCAAUAUUUGUUUGAGAUUAUGAAGAAGGAAUGUGGAAUGUUUAACCUGGAAGUGAACCGCGAAGGAGAUGUGUUGGUGCUCAAUGUGAAAUCCCAAUAGAUAUAUACUGUACAUGUACACUCUACUAUACCUUGCAUUUAGUGUUCAUGAGCAACCCAUUUGGCUUAAUAGUAAUGAU